AGAGUUCAAAAACCAGAAACGACAGAAGGAUUUCAGUUUUUGAUAAUACACCGGCAACCUGUUACUGCUGUAGCUCUAUCGGAGGAUGAUACCAGAGGAUUUUCAGCUUCUAAGGAUGGUACUAUUGUUCAUUGGGAUGUCAAUAGUGGAAAGAAUGAGAAGUAUGUGUGGCCUAGUGAUAUAGUGUUGAAAUCUCAUGGUGCUAAGGACCCACAAGGUCGAGCUAAUAAGCACAGUAAGCAAGUUCUAGCAUUGUCCGUUAGUUCUGAUGGUCGAUAUUUGGCAAGUGGUGGCCUAGAUCGUCAUGUUCAUUUGUGGGAUAUCCGUACUCGGCAACAUAUUCAGGCGUUUCCAGGGCAUAAAGGACCUGUGUCUUGCUUAACAUUUAGGCAAGGAACUUCAGAACUUUUUUCUGGUUCAUUUGAUCGAUCUGUCAAGAUCUGGAAUGCAGAAGAUAGAACUUACAUAAACACGUUAUUUGGUCACCAGAGUGAAGUGUUAACAAUUGACAGCUUGAGGAAAGAACGUGUAUUGACCGUUGGACGUGACCGGACCAUGCAUUUGUGGAAGGUACCAGAAGAAUCUCAACUAGUAUUUCGAGCUUCUGCAUCAUCCCUGGAAUGCUGCUGCUUUAUUAGCAAUGAUGAAUUCUUAUCGGGUUCUGAUGAUGGAAGCAUUGAACAUUGGAACAUAUUACGUAAGAAGCCUGUCCAUAUUGUAAGAAAUGCACAUGCCUCAUUGAGUCAGAUCAAGUUUGAACAAAGACAUAAUGGCUUAUCAAAUGGCCACAUAGAAAAUGAUGCCCAAGAUUCUGAAAAACCUUAUUCAACGGCUCUUUCCUGGGUCAGUUCAGUGGCUGUAUGUAGAAGCAGCGAUCUUGCCGCCUCUGGAGCCGGAAAUGGUUGUAUACGUCUCUGGACGAUUGAGAGUGAAUCCAAAGGCAUUCGUCCUCUGUUUGAGCUCCCCCUGGUUGGAUUUGUGAAUUCUCUAUCUUUUGCGAAAUCUGGAAGGUUCCUUAUUGCUGGUGUUGGGCAGGAGCCCCGAUUAGGAAGAUGGGGACGAAAUCCUGUUGCCAAAAAUGGAGUUGCAUUGCAUCCUUUGGAGCUUUCUUGAGACAGUAUGAGACUUUGGAAAGAAGUAUGAGUUGCUAACGUUUCUUGAUUGGGGGUCAAUUUUAUUUUUUUAUUUUUUUUGUAAUAGCUAUUUUACCUCGCUUUCACCCCCAAAUGAAUUUUGUCUCGAUCAAUUUGUGUUUAGCUCUCAAUUUUAAGGACUUGGUAAAUACAAGUUGGCCACAUUAUGAGUCUAAGUAGCAAUUAGGUGACAUUUUAUUAAUCUGCCAUCUUAAAUGAGUUGA